AUGUUCAUUCAUUCACUAAUAAAGUAUCCUAGAUCCGUUGAAUCUGGAUUCAUUGAAUGCCUAUUUCCACUUUUUUACGUACUUUCUUCUUCUUCUCUAGUUACUCCAGUGCCAGUAACCUUGGUAUUGCUCGACUAUGUUCUUUUUUUAUAUGGAAUACUCAUACAGUAUAUACUCUACCGUCCGUUUCGAAAUGCGAAUAGCCUUCAACUUCCACUCCUUGUGAACCAAAAUACCAACAACCUAUUAGUACUUGUCCCUGAUCAUCGCCAUUCUUGGAUUCCGUAUACUUCACCCAGCUAUGAUAUGAAGGCAGUUGGGCUACUGUGAUGCAAACCACAAGCUUAGGGAUCCCAUUACUGUAACAAGCAUUAACUCGGUUCGCUGUUGAUACUUGAAACUAAGCACCAACUCUUGGCUAUUUUGUGCCUGCCUCAAAGAAAUAUUGAAUAUUAAAUAUUAAUUCAAGAUGACAAGUGUUUUCACCACGAAGAGACCCCAUAAAAAGUCAAGGGCAGGGUGUCAAACCUGCAAGGCAAAAAAGAUCAAGGUAUAUCCAGUCAUUGCCCAUUUGUGGUUUAUGCUCACUGACCAUCAAUGAAAGUGUGAUGAAGCAAAACCAAAAUGCUCUUUUUGUGACCUAAGAAAGCUUUCUUGUCAGUAUAUACAACCGGCUACCAAGGAUGCCGGGACUUCGAGUUCUACGAAUCCCAAGCAAAAUACAUAUUGGGAGAAACCUGGUACUUCUGAUGAGCCUGUUCAGUCACUCCAAGUGUCCUGGGACUUUAGAAAUUCGCCAUUCCCUCCAAUAACUGCAGCUACUGGGGUCCUUUCCAUGAUGGAUGUACGUAUGAUGCAUCAUUAUUCUGCAUUUACAGGACCAAUUGUGGCUCUCGGACCUGAAGCUUGCCAUGUAAUGCAAUUUGCCGUCCCAUCUCUAGCCUUUGAAAAUGGGUUUCUAAUGAAUGGCAUGUUGGGACUGGCGUCUCUUCAUAACCAACAUCUACUCCCACAAAGCGAGGAACAUAAACGACAAACAGCUCUUUACCGUGCAAAGGCAAUUCGCGAUUAUCGCGCCGCAAUAAUGACCGUUACAAAAGACUCGAAGAAUUACGAGGCAGUUCUUGUAAUGGCAUUACUACUUGUAGUGCUCGCAUCAGGAGACCGGAAUGAUAAUGAUGAACUCACGGUAGUAAACUGGAUGGGUUUAUAUAGGGGAUUGCGUCUUAUCGUUUCGAUGAAAACCCCUGAUGGAGGUGUAAACACCACACCUGCUGUCGGUCCAUUGUUCGUCCGAAAUAUAAAUGAUUUGCUCGCUACUCCCAUGGUCCCUACUGUUUUAGUAGACAUGCUCUACAUGGAUCCCAGCGAUCAGGACUUCGGAGACUUGGAGGUAUAUUGCCAAACUUUGGAUACUCUAGGAAACCUUUAUGCAAGUCUCCGUCAGGAUGAACUUAGCGAACCUUUGUCCAUCCGUAUCAUCUCGUGGCCAUCUUUUACACCCCAGGCCUUCACGGAUUUAGUAAAGAACAAACGGCCGAGAGCACUUAUUAUUUGCGCUUACUACAUGUCGUUUAUCAAGCUCGUCUCUGGACUUUGGUGGCUUGAAGGUCUAGCAGAUCGUGAUCUCUUCGCCAUCAUUGAAAUGCUGGGUCAAGAUUGGAAUCAAGUACUAGAUGUUCCAAUGGAAAUCCUGCACACCAAAGAGAAACAAAAGAUAGUUGAAAUACUACUUCGGUAAUAUCCUCCCCAACAUACAUUGAAGAAACUCUACGUCGUGGAUGAUGAGAUGUUCGAGGCUUAAAUUAGACAAACUAGAGCAACACAUGUUCAAUGCCUCAUUGGAUGGUUAUUUAACCAUGUUUCAUGUUGGUUUCGCCUCUGAGAUUCAAUCUAUGCCAUGGAGGAAUUGACACAUGUCCAAGCAGAGAGUAAACUUGGAGAAGACAAAAGUUCCGUCACACCAUGAAGUCAAUUCUUGUAUGACCAUUGAACGGCAUAUGACUUAUCUGCAGUCUCCGAACGAUUUUGCCCUUAGCAGCACGCUAUAAUAAUCUCGAUCAGGACGACAUCUACAGGAUGUAUAAUUAAAAGCAUGUGAAAGUCGUCAAUGAUCCUGGCUAAAGGAUCAAAAAAUUGACAGUCUAUUGAAACGUUUUUCGCAGUCAAAUAACCAUCAUUCAGAACGUCGGCUCACGAGAAAUACUGCGUAUCACCACACAUAGCAAAAAUAAGACAUGAAAGCGACACAAUUGCUGCGCCCUCUUCAGAUCAGGUUUCAGUGUCCAGGGUAUCCCGAAAGAAUUAAUACAUAUUUUGCAAAGACUUCUCUCGGAAGCGACUUUCUCCUGUCAGACUCGCCUCAAAAGCUGGCCACCAUAACCCUUUUCCGUUUGAGAUUGGGGCGGGGCCAGAAUAGAAUCUUAUGCAGGGGUUCAUCCGUUACAGGGCUUACAUCAAUUAUUUUGACUUAAUAGUUCGGAUGAAAGGUAGCCGAGCUUAUCAGAUGAUUUUCCGUCAGCCCUAGGGGUCUGGGGUGUUUUGUAUGUUGUUUUAUCGAGGUGUACGGACGUACAGGACAAAUAUAGGAUGAAUUCGGUUGGUUAUAAGGAGCUUAAACUUUAGGUGGUGCAUUUGCGACCGAUAUGAGUCGCUGUAUCGGUUUCGGAUUGUAAUUGAAUGCGAGGGGGUCAAUUUGAGUAUGUCAUGAUCGU